AACGCCUGAGUGUUCGUGCACUGACAGAAAGUAGCCUCUGAGCAUAUACAGACUGCUCUCCCCUUACCUUGGCAACUGCCGCCUCUGCCUUCCUUGCGCGGUUUGAAGGGUCCCUGGGAGGCCAUCCAGUCGCACCUGCCUGUUCAGUGCAGGAUUUUGCGGCUUCAGCCUCCCUGCCAGAAAGGCCACCCAGCAGCUGAGGGUCCACUGUGAGAGUCGCAGGCUGAGGGUUACUAAUGGAAAAAGUCCUCGCGGAGCCCCAAAAGUCACCGGGAAGUGGAGGGGCUGCGCUGUGAAAGGGAAAUGCGUGGAGGCCGAGGGCCUCUUUUCAGCCCAUGGGCCGCAUUUCCCACCCCGUGGAAAAAGCUACCUGCAGCAAGAAGGGAAAAAAACCUGUCGCUUCCCCCUCACGGGGCUACAAUGUCCAGCGCCCUUAUAGAACUACAGUUCCCAGGAGAGCGGUUCUCAACUUGUGGGUCCCCAGAUGUUGUUGGACUACAACUCCCAUCAUCCCUGAGCUCUGGCCUUGCUAGCUAGGGGUGAUGGGAGUUGUAGUUCAACAACAUCUGGGGACCCACAGGUUGAGAAAGGCUGCUAGGGAAGCUGUAUGCUUUGGAUCAGAGGUGGGCAACCUAAGGCCCGUGGGCCGGAUACGGCCCAAUCACCUUCCCAAUCCAUCCCACAGAUGGUCCGGGAAUCAGCGUGUUUUUACAUGAGGAGAAUGUGUCCUUUUAUUUAAAAUGCAUCUCUGGAUUAUUUUUUGGAGCAUAGGAAUUCGUUCAUUUUUUUUUCCUCUUCAAAAUAUACUCUGGCCCACAACAUGCUCUGCAGGGUGGUUGACCGGCCCACGGCUGAAAAAGGUUGCUGACCCAUGGUUUGGAUGCCGUUUAAAUGCAUGACAUGGAUCUGCCCUCAUCAGUUAACAUUUUACUUGGAGGGGAGGAGAGGGAGUGAGGGAAGAGGUGUUGACUUAUCAUCCUAGGAGCCUUCCUCUCACCCUUCACAGCACACAAAGGACCACCACAUGUUCCUUCCAGCUCCUCUGGCAGGAAUGCCAGCCAAAGAGGGCCCGAGCAGGGCACGGGCACUCUUUCCUGCUUUAGACUUUGCCCUUUCCAUUGGUGCCAGCUGGUUUGGCAGCUUUUGUGUAACCUUUCCUCACAUUGCAGUUAAUGCUUCCCUUUUGCUGAAAGCUGAAUCACUGGUCUGGUGUUAUUAUAGCUUGAUGCUAGGUGUAUCUGGACGUUUUCCCGGUUUUUCUUUGUAAGGGAUGCCGAUCUUUGUACUCUGCCCUGAAAGCAUAUAAAGGCGCAGCGGCCCAGGGGCAGUAAAGCAUAAUGGCAUCAGCCCCAUGGAGUGCCCUGUUCUGGGUUGCUGCAAUUAGCACUGUUGGCUUCAGAAUCAUUGAAGGCAAAGGUAAGGGGAGUGUUUCAUUUUUGACUGAUAAAGAGUGAAAUAGCCCCUUGCAAUCCACUCUUGAGGAGAGUGAAGAGGAGCAUCUCUGUCUGUGUCAGUCACCUCUUUACAUUUUUCCAGUUACACCAUUUUUGUAUUAUUAUUCUGUAGAAGAUACAGUGACAUUUCUCAGUAGUAGAACACCUGUCUUGCAUGCAGAAGGCCCCAGCUUCAAUCCCCAGUGGCAUCUCUAGGUAGGGUUAGGAAAGCCCGUCAGAAACUCCAGCAAGCCACUGGCAAUCACAGACAGUUCUGAGCAAGAUAGAUCAAUGGUCUGACUUGAUCUAAGAGCAUCUUCAUGCAUUAUUCAGAAAUACAACUCAGAAUGCACCAGCUGCUCCCUCCCACCCUUCACCCCUCUCUUGCAAACAGCAGCCCAUCUCAUUCCUGUGUCUGACACUCUGCAUAAGAGCACUUCAAUUUCUCCAACUGCCACUCAUGGGGGAGGAUGGUUGCUGGAUUUAAAAAAGAUUGGGGUGAGGGAGUGGUGUGUGUGUCUGAGAGAGAGAGAGAGAGAGAGAGAGAGACAGACAGAGACAGAGACAGAGACAGAGACAGAAGAGGGACUAGAAAUUGAUUCUGUGAUGUGUUCUCUUACGUUUCCUCUCUUACUUGGCAGUAAAUCCCAUUGUACUGUAUCUGGAAAAUGCAUAGGGAUGGGUUAGAGAUGACAGUGGUAGGAUAAAGAUUUACCAAUAGGAGGCGAGGGUGGUGGAGAGGCAGGGAAAGGCAAUUUGCAUUGGUUGAAGACUUCCCCACCUUCUGAUAGCUAAAGGCAUCAAAACAAGUGAUAUCCCGCCACUUAACUGCAUGUGCUGGCUUCAGGACCAAAGCCAUUGGGGGAGGCUCUAUAGCAUUUUAUUUACACUAUCCUCUGCACCGCAUGUUCUUAUAAGAUUGCCAGUAGUACAUGUGAAAAGGAUCUAGAGUGGACCACAAGCUUAACAUCAGUCAACAGUGUGAUGUAGCUGCAAAAUAACCUAAUGCUAUUCUAGGAUGCAUCAAGAGGAGUAUAGUGUACCAAUCAAGGGAAGUAAUAGUCCUGUUCUGUUCUACCUUGGUCAUACCACACCUGGAAUACUGUGUCCAGUUUUUGGCACCACAAUUUAAGAAGAAUAUUGACAAGCUGGAAUAAGUGCCGAGGAAGGCAAUCAAGGGUCUGGAAACCAAGCCUUAUGAGGAACAGUUGAGGGAAUUGGGUAUUGGGUAUGUUUAGCUUGGUAAGGAGGAAACAGAGAGGAGACAUGAUAGGCAUCUUCAAAUAUCUAAAGGGCUGUCACAUGGAGGAUAGAACAAAUUUGUUUUCUCCUGCUCCGGAGGCUAGGAACCAAACCAAUGGCUCCAAGUUAAAAGAAAUGAGAUUCUGACUCAACAUCAGGAAGAUAUUUCUCACAGUAAGCGCUGUUCGACAAUGGAACAGACUCCCAUGAGAUGUGGUGCACUCUCAUUCUUUGGAGGUUUUAAAGCAGAGGUUGGAUGGCCAUCUAGUUAAUUUAGUUGAGAUUCCUCCAUUGCAGUGGGUUGGGCUAGAUGACCCUUUGUCAAGAAUGUAUAACUUGCUGUUGAAAUGGAAUACUCAGGAUGAAACGGUGAAAUCUGCUAUGAUUAAAUGGGCACAAGAUGUUGGACAUACAUAAUGAUGGCUGACUGGGAACAGUUAUGGACCACAGGUAUGAAGUUUACGGCAUGUAAUACCUUAAGAGAGAAUAUUAUGAAAAUGAUAUACAGGUGGUACAUGACACCAGUCAAGCUUGCAAAAAUCUAUCACCUGCCCAAUAAUAAAUGUUGGAAAUGUAAAGAAACCGAAGGUACAUUCUUUUACCUUUGGUGGAUGUGCCCAAGGAUUAAGGCUUUCUGGGAGAUGAUUUAUAAUGAAAUGAAAAGGGUAUUUAAAUAUACCUUUCUGAAGAAACCAGAGGCCUUUCUCCUGGGCAUGGUCGGCCAAAUGGUGCCAAAGAAGGAUAGAACUUUCUUUAUGUAUGCCACAACAGCAGCAAGAAUUCUUAUCGCAAAGUACUGGAAGACACAAGAUCUACCCACCCUGGAAGAAUGGCAGAUGAAGGUGAUGGACUACAUGGAAUUGGCGGAAAUGACUGGCAGAAUCCGUGACCAGGGAGAAGAGUCGGUGGAAGAAGAUUGGAAGAAAUUUAAAGACUAUUUACAGAAAUAUUGUAAAAUUAAUGAAUGUUAGAAUGAUGUUGGAAUGAAGCUAGGUGGUUUAAGCAGCAAUUCUAUAAAGGUGUAGGUAAAAAAGGAUUGAUAACAGAUGAAAAUUUAAAGUUAUAGUAUAUUAAGUUUAAGAAUCAUGAGAAAACAAAGAGGGAAAGAAAUUGCUGAUUUAACUAAUUGAACUGGAAUACAAAAAAGGGAGGUAUGAGGAGGUCAGGGAAACAAGGAUAUGAAUGUAAGUUAUGGAAAGAUUGAUCUAUUUUUCUUUUUCUCUUUUCUCUUUAAGGGUUUUUUUAAUUCUUUUUUCUGUAUUUUGUAUUUUGUAUUUUCUUGUAUUUUCACUUUUUGUUUUUGUGUAAUUCUUGUAUUCUUUGAAAUCUUAAUAAAUAUCAUUAAAAAAAAAAUAGAUGACCCUUGGGUUCCCCUCCAGCUCCCCAAUUCCAUGGUUUUUACCAGGUGACUGCAGGACUCCCUUUGGGAUGAUCCUCAGGGCUGUUGUCUGCAAGGUUCUUUCAUAAAACGGUCUAUGACUUUGAUUUCUGGUUUAUCUGUUUUUAAGCUCAGCGUUAAACAGAAAAAGCUGCCAACAUUUAAAAUGAAAUAGUAUAUUUUUUAAAAGCUACAACCAGAGAAAACCCACUUUAACUCAAAGUGCUGAUUGCAGAGGAUGGCUGCUCUCAUGUCCUUUAUGUGGAGGGAGAAGGGAGGCUGCUUUUGGCUUUGCACAGAUCCUUUCUAGGGAGGGGCGUGGUCAGGCCCAAUGCUCUCUGGCCCCCUGGUUUUAUAUAAUUCUAUACCUUUGCCUCUAUGUUUGCGAUUUCACACAUUUAAAAAACUUUAUUUGUAUGCACGCAUUGUGUAGGUCCAGAAGGCGCCCACCCAGAAGUGGCCACAAAAUAUGGACGGCUUCGAGGGACGCAAGCAAGUGUAAAGGGCACAGAGCGGCUGGUCAAUGUCUUCCUGGGCAUCGCCUUUGCAAAGCCUCCCACUGGCUCCUUGAGAUUCUCCUCACCUCAGCCGCCUGAGCCAUGGGAUGGCGUGAGAGAUGCUACCACGUACCCAGCGGUGUAAGAGAGAUGCAGUUGGAUCCUCUUGGCUGCACUGGGGAAAUAAAAACCAGCAGAGAGGAAUGUUUGAGGGGAGGUGCUGGGAACCACCAGCAUGUUUUCAUCAUCAUCUUUUUUUAAAGAAUUCAUUCAUUUUAUAUUUUUUGAGAAAGAAAUCACUGGAAACAAAACAGGUCUAAUUGCUGAAAGAAAAUUCUGUUUUAACUUAACAUGUACACCACAGAAAUUCCAAUAUCUGCAACCUUAAUGGGUCAGAGCAGUCCAGAUGUUUCAGCAACCAGCCCUCAGCCAUUGGAGGCCAAGAGCUCUUUCACUGUUAAUCCCACAACAUUUUAGCUGCAUUCAAUAAAUUCAUAAUUAAUUAUUUGACCAUGUUAGACAAAUAAUUUGCAAUUAUAUUAAUUCAAUGCUAAUGGGCUCUAAACUCAGGAUGGUUAAUUAUUUGACAGAAGGCAUGGAAUAUUAUGUUCCAAUAAGGUUGUGAAGGCUUAUAGUCCCAUCACAUUUGUAGCACAUCUUUCCUAAGACAUCUAUAUUCCCAGCAUUUAAAUCUAUUAACAGAGGAUAUCCUGUUUUCAAAGUAAAACAAUUUAUACUGAAUUCUCUGAACAGAAAGGCUGAGUGGUCCUGCUCUGAUUGACUGAAGCAUUGUCAUCCAUUUUCUAAGAUUAGAGUGCCAAGAAGACCCCUUUCUUGUUGCCCUUUUGUUAAAAAACAAACAAAGUAAGAACAGUUGAUUAAGUCCACACCUUUGCCAGUAAACCUUUAAACUGGCCUAUGUCAGUUUCUCCCUGAUGCCACCUCUCGUGACCUCUUGCAAAUUAUUAUCUUUAUAUUUGAGCUAGUAUGUUCACUAUCUGUGGGGGUGUCCUUUCUGCAGGUGCCCCCAGGAUCUGGAUAUACUCAAAGGAAUUCAGAAGAGAUGGAAAGAAAAGCACCCGCCCUUCCAAAGUUCCGAGGACUGUUUGUAUUUAAACAUUUAUACUCCCGCAGAUUCCCCCAAGGCAUCCAAGCUGCCAGUAAGCACAUAUUUUAAAUGGACUGAAAGCAGUGCUGCAAAGCAGGGUGGCUGGCAGCAGAUUCUGGGUUGAUGGCAGUGGCUCUUGCCAAUGUCAUUUUACUCUGAAGACUCUUCUGCCUCUCGUGUUCUUACAAAGGGCAAUUUUGAUUGGUUACGCCACAUCCUUUCUUUAAUUGUUCUGAAUAAAAUAAAAUAAAAACUGGAUAACUGCAUCUUGAACUGCACAAAAAACUAAAUGGUUGUCUGUUGUUGCAAAAUUGCCUGACUACGAUGAUACAUCUUUGCCAUCCAUUACAAAAUAGUCUAUAUAUGUACAAUUAUUAUGUGCUAUUUGUUUCAAAAACAUUUUAUGAAAAAUGCUCUCUAGCAACCUUCCAGUCAUUCCCUUCCGCCCCUGUUCUUUUGAAGGUGAUGGUGUGGAUUCACGGAGGGAACAUGAUAUUUGGGGCAGCUUCCAGGUUUGAUGGUUCCGCACUAGCUGCCUAUGAAGAUGUGGUGGUGGUCAUCCUUCAGUACAGGCUGGGCAUUUUGGGGUUCUUCAGGUAAGAGGCUUUGGCUAAAGGUAUUCCAGGGCCCUUUUCACUAGAGGGGCGUUGGGUUGACCUGUCGGGUCAGCUCUUCUCUCCACUUGUGCAUCUGAACCCCCUCAGAAGGACCUGGCAUUGACUCAAAGUGCCAAUCUUUUCUCCAAAAUCCACCUGAGCGCUGAGCUUGCUGUUCCUUGUCAACGCUUUCCUUUCAGCACAGGGGACGAGAGUGCUCGAGGGAACUGGGCCCUUUUGGACCAGGUGGCAGCUCUCCAGUGGAUCCAGGAAAACAUCGGAGCUUUCGGGGGCGAUCCGGAAUUGGUGACUCUCUUUGGUGUCUCUGCAGGAUCCAUGAGUGCUUCAGCCCAUGUGAGUUCCAAAAUGUUAUAUGGUGGGGGUUGCUAUUAUAGUAAUAGACUGCUUAAUUCUCAGGUGGACAUUUUACAAAACAUAAAAUAAUGAUCUCUGACAUACUCUCAAAGCUGUGGAAAGGAUGGGUGGGGGUAGCGGUCUCUGCUAACUUGCAGAACCCAUGUAAUCAUGGCGCGUAAAGUGGCCCUUUUUGCUCUGGCUACAGGAAAGAUUAGGAAGAAGGAAUUGGGUGCAAUUGGUGUAAGUUCUAUGGGGACUCAGAGGCCUAAUUUGAUGUUCAGCGCUUUUGUUAGGUCAGUGGCAGGGCAUAAUGUCUGUUGCCAAUGGUGUCCUUUCUCCUCUGCCAGGUUAUGUCUCCCUUGUCAAAGGGUUUAUUCCACAGAGCCAUCCUGGAGAGCGGUGUCUCACAGCUUCCAAUAAUCUUCCAGAACAGGUCUAAGUCUGCUGAAGUAGGUUUGCUUGUUUGACCAGAUGAGACCAAAAUGUUUUCUGUCCCAAGGAUGCUGGCUUUUUCUUUUCUUUUUUAAACACGGCCCAGGUAGCAAAAGUUGGGUGGAGUCCCCCAGUGUCAUGAAUGCAGGGCAGGGCAGGGCCGGCUCACAUAUGAGGUAGGCUGAGGCAACCGCCCCAGGUGGUGGAAUCCCAAAAGGCGGUGCCCUGCAGGUGUCCUGUCCCCCUUGCUGCCUCCACCUCUGGCAGAAACAAAACAGUGGCAACUUCCGGUGAGCUCUUGCCAAGAUCUUACUGAAAUCUCACGAGAUCUCACCACAACCCACCACCACAGCUUCUCUCAGUGCCAUGACUGGAAUUAGUAACAGGUAACAGGUGAGGCACAGGGCCAAUCUGGAUUAAAACAAAAGGGCACCAGGUAGUAGCAAUAUGCACUCUUGCCCUUUAGAAAUGGAGGUGUGAGGUAUGUUGUGCUGCUUUCGGCUGAGGGAGAGGGACCAUUCACAUAGGUAUGGUCCUGUUGGUAUAUAGACGGGAGGAGGCCUGCCAUGGAGAUGUGAUUAAAAUGGGUCCCUCAGCACCCUGACAGGGCCCUACUCCUAUAGGGUGAGGAUGGUGGGCCGUUCAUGCCCACCAUGAACCCAGGUGGUUGGGCAAUGGGCAGGGUGCUCCUAAGGGCCUGAAAAUAACACACUGGGGAAUUUUUAAUGUGGGCAUAUUGGACUUGGGGCCUACAUGCUGAGGACAAGAUGCACUGUAAAGACUCAAAACACCUGUUCCUUGGGGUCAGGGAUAAAAGGACAGGCAAAACAAUUGCUUUCUGUCACCAGAGCUCCAGCAUUCUUAGGGACAUAUGGAGGGCACUGAAACCUGCUGAAAGCUGUUCCUUCAGAUCAGGGGACUGGGGUAGUCACCUAGAGAGGUUAAAUAAUACCUCAAAAUGACAUUUUUUCUCAUUGGGGCCCCAAAGGUUCCAUGGCAACACAGCAGGUUGGGCAGCCUUGAAACCCUUUCCAUCAGGUUUCCUUGGCAACAAGAUGAAUGCAUACCGGGGUCACAACUCACCCCAAAAGCCAUGUUUAAGGCCGGCACACCACAAUAGUGCUUUCUGGUGGAAUUCUAAAGCAACCCUCAAAAGGAGUUGGGAAUUACAGUGAAAAUGGGGUGGGGCACUUGCCACUUUUUAGUUUGACAAAUGGUGGACUCUCUGUUCUCCACCCUUUGAAUGCUUAGUGUGCCAGAGAUGGCAGCAGAUAAGAGUUCCUGUCAUUGUGUACAUAUACAGAAAAUUGCCCGUAUCUUUGGCUGUGAGAUGACCACUUCAGCCGCCUUAGUCCACUGUCUCCGGCAGAAGAGUGAGCAGGAGCUGAUCCAUGCUGACCUUAGCAGGCAGGUAAGUGACAUGAGUGAUCAGGAAAGAGCCUUGAUGCCCUGCUCAGUUGUUUCUCCCCUCCCAGUGAGGGGAACCACCUAGAGUGCUCAUUAAGACCUUCUGCUCCAAGUGCGUAUUGCUGUUUAUGAGGGCAAGGAGGAAUGGACCAGCCCGUCUUAUAGCUUCCUUUUUGUCCUAGUGUACAGUGGUACGUCUGGUUAUGAACUUAAUUCAUUCCAGAGGUCUGUUCUUAACCUGAAACCAUUCUUAACCUGAGGUACCACUUUAGCUAAUGGGGCCUCCCACUGCCGCUGCGUAGCUGCCGUGCGAUUUCUGUUUUCAUCCUGAGGUAAAGUUAUUAACCCAAGGUACUACUUUCAGGUUAGUGGAGUCUGUAACCCAAGGUACCACUGUAAUAUAAAUACAGAAUAUAAAAAGUGCAGAAAUUGGAUUUAAAUACAUAUUUGUGUACAUGUUUAAAUAGAUCUUUUAUUUGAUCAGAAUAUUAUUGAUUUAUUAAUCUCAAGGCGAUGUACAAUAAAAACAACUAAAAACAGACAAAAACUGUGGAGCACAUCAGUUUUCUUGGUGCUCUUGUGUCCUGCGUGCCUUGAAACAGGAGGGUUGGUGGCUAGAGCUCAGGUGGCGUAAGACUUGGUCCAAACCUGACUGAAGAGGGUGAGGCUGCAGCAUCGUGCCCACUAAACAGUUGGCAGAGAGAUGGGGAGAAUACAACUUUGCUUGUUCUUCUCAAUCUCUUGGCGGCUUUCAAUGCCAUUAACCACAACAGCCUUCAGGAGUCACUCAAGGAAGUGGGGUUUGGGGGCACUGUACUUCCUUGGUUCUGCUCAUGGGAAGCUACUCAUGGUUCCAUCUUGUCCCCCAUGCUAUUGAACAUCUAUAAAGCUGCUGGGAGCUGUCAUCAGGAUUUUUGAAGGUGCUGCCAAUAGGCAGGUGACACCCAGCUCUAUCUCUCUGCUCCAUCAGAAUCAGGAGAGGUAACUGAGGUGCUAAGACAGGCUGAGCUCCUCAUUCCUCCCGGACUAUUUUGGCUUGGUCAGGGUGGAGGGUGGGGAGUGGUCCUGGGCCCUUCAGUUAAACACCUUCUUUCCUUCCCUUUGCUCAGGGCUUAGGGCCAGCUUUGGAUGGUGUGUUUAUGCCGAAGACCCCAGAGGAGAUUCUGGCUGGGAGGGAGGUCAGUGCUGUGCCCCUCAUGGUCGGAGUCACCAACCAUGAAUUUGGCUGGAAUUCGCGUGUGGUAAGAUCCCGCUAGCAAGGCCUUUUCAUUCUGCCCCCCAAAUGUCUGCAUGAAAUCCCUGUGACAGGAGGGGCCUCACAACUAGGCUAUGAAUUUAAUGGCUGGUGGUGGUUUCUAAGCAUAAACCUACUCCUUUAGACCCCAAAGGCUCAUUAGAUGUUCUCAAGCAGAAGUUCUUGGAGACGAACUGGUUCACUGUGGGCAAUAAUGGAUCUCAACAAAGAUGUUUUAAUAAUUAAAUAACACGGACAAAUGAACAUUCCCAACCAAGAAUUACUCUGGAGUUUCUCUCAAAGACACAGAUAACCCUUCUUUUCUCUUUUGAUGCAGACUGGGACCCUGGAAGGGUUUAAGGACGUGGGAGACAGGGACAGAAUCCGUACUACUUCAGAAGCAAUCCUCCCCGUUUUGGUAACUAUUUGUUUUGUUGAUUUGCAUCCUUUCUCUGAGAAACUUUGAGAAUAAAUUUUCUGCAGAUAGGAUUGAUUAUGAGCACCACCCUGUAGAUGUUUGCUUGGAUGGGGCAAAUCAUGCCUAGGCUGAGAGGUGACUGGUGAUGGAGGGAGUUAGGAUCCAGAGGAGUCCUCUCCUGACUUCAUAGGGAUGGAAUGGGAGCUCUGGCAUUAGCUCUGAUGGUUGCUUGCAGGGUUGGCAGAGGAGGAGGAGAAGGGGGCAAGAGAGGGAACUAACCCCUGUCCCUCUCCUUCUCCUGAAGCCAUUGGAAGCAGCUGCUUACGGGGGGGGGGGGAGCUUCACAGCCCUCACAUGUUCCCAGCCAGUGGCCUUCCCCAAAGCCCCCCAGAUCAUUCCUGACCCAAUCCUGGGAGGGGGCCUUAGGACUUCUGCUUCAGUUCCAUUCAGAAGAACAUGGGUGUAGCAGUGGCAGAGUAUGAGGGGGGAGAAUAACCUUUUGCCUCCCUUUCCCAAGGUAGGCUAGACAUGAUGCCCAAGGCCAGUUAGGCUUCCACCAGCACACCCUUUUUAGCCUCCUCUAACGUGGAGGGGAGUGCUUUCCAGAAUCCCAAGGCAAAUUUAUCAGAAACAGAAAUAGCAUCCAGUUCAUUUGUCCCGCCCCAGCGGCUGGCUUUUCUCGGUCAACCUGCUUCUUACACACUUGUAGCACAAAUCAAGUAACAAAGGGCACGUUUGAGAAAGGAGGGGACCCCCCCCCCGCCCCAGCAAUGGCCAUUUCCCACCAUCUCUUUUCUUCUCUCGCAGGGGAUCCCACUUGAACUCCUGCCAAUGGUACUUGAUGAGUACCUUGGGGACACCAACGACUUGGAUGAACUCAGAGAUGGGUUCCUGGACUUGAUUGGAGAUGUGUUCAUUGUUAUCCCAUCCAUAAAAACAUUACGGUAUCACAGAGGUAAAAAGAGUGUCCCCUGCCCCCGCCAGGUGUUACUUAUAAUAAAGUCUCCUCUUGACAUUAAAACACUUCUGACGCAUGCCAUUUGAGGCACACCAUUUCCCUCAGAGGAUCCCCAGAGCCAGAAUGUGAGGCGUCUGGAGUUUGACUCCAAGAGACUCUCUGUGUAAUUUCUCAAGUUCAACUCUACUUGGAGGAAGGAACAAAAUUAUUUCCAGAUAUCAAAGACUUUCAGGAAUUUAGCGUGGGGAGCCUGGAGUCAGGGCUCUUGUGUGUGUUUGCAGUUUCCAAGUGCUGGCAUAGCAAGCAAGCAUUGUCUCCCCCUCUGCCACUUCAGUAAUUUAUACUGUAAACUCAGGACAUCCAGCAGGUCUGUAAUUCCUUGCGUCUAAGAUUUACAUAAGCUGCCACAACUGCUUUGAGGGAGAAGACCAGAUUUAUCCAUGUGAGUAAAUAGGCAAGAGGGGUCAGUCAGCAUUUUAUUUGAGUAUUUCGGAUGGGAGGGAGAAUAAAAUUGUUCUGGUUUAAAUUGUAUUAUAAGGCACAAUAUCUGCUUCUGAUACCAGAUUUGCUUCUUGCAAACCACUGAUGGAGUACAUCACAUAGGCAUUCUGCAGCUCAUGAGUCGCAUCACUGAAAGUUCAGAAGACAUUUUUUUCCUAAGUAACUGUAGGGAUGCAACAAUUAUUUCCUUCAUCUGUAUUGUCAAGGGCUCCUGUGAUGAUACCCCAAAAUUGCAAUCAUUAUUCUGUGUAGCUGCGAUUAGAGUUCCUAGCUAAGUUUCACCAGCUCCUGUGUGGCGUUUCUUUCCUAGUUAGAAGCUUUUUGCAACUAUUUCUCAGCUGCACGUAAGUCCUAGUCAGUUCUCAGCAACCUUUGGUUCUUGGCCUGGUUAUAGUGGAGAGCUUUGCUUUUUGCGGCACUUGAUUUAUGUGAGCCCUUGAGCAGCGACCGAGCAACCAAUCACACCCAGAACCUUCCUCACAAGGCACAUCCCCACCCCUCAUCGUUGGGGGUCACGUGGGCUUCUGUGCUUACCAAAGGAGAGAACACUUGGCUGAGUUCAAUGCCAGCUUCUUUGAUCCCUGGGCCGACAAGAUGAGUAAAUCAUUCCUGAAUUGGACUAAAGUCUGUGGGUGAAAAAGGCCAAGGUAUGAACUUCCUCACCCAUUAGAAAAUACAGGCCUGGUCAAAGAUGAAGGCUGACUGAGCCACUGAGAGCAGGUCAUGAAGAAGUCCCACUGGGAGUAACAUGAAAUUAUGGUGCAAGGGCUGCACCCAUCUCACAAGUGCCCGCAUAACCCCCGUUGCAUCUUUUCAGGGUUUCUCUUUUCAAAUGCACUAAAUCUGCAAGGUAAUUUUUCAAAGCCUUUGAUUCAUAGGCUUUGUAUGUUUCUAUGGAUCUAGAUAAUGUUUUUGUGCAAAUGGAAAGUGUGUUACAAGCUUCUAGACAAAGCUCCUGAGAAGAGGGGUACAGGAUCAAGUCCUUGGAUCAACUGUGCCUAUUUAGUCCAUCUAUGCCAGCAGUGGCUCUCUGGUGUCUGACGCUGAGAGGGUUUCCCCCUCUCCUCUCCUCUCCUCUCCUCCCGUCCUGAUCCUUUUCACUGGAGGUGGGACCUUCAGCUCUUCUGCAUGCAAGAUAGGCCCCCUGGUGUUGAGGUACGGACAGUCCAGCUUCUGUGGAGGGGUCAUUGGUGGCAUCUUUCUGAACCACCAAGCCAAACGCAUGCUCCUCACUCCUCUGUUUGUCAACCUCUAGCUGCUAUCAUCCAAGUGGGGUUGAAACUCAUCCUGACAAGGCUGUGGGCAGAUGGUCUCCGGAUUCAGAGGAAUGGUGCACAGUCUGCUCUGGACAGGGUUGCCCUGCCUCAAAAAAGCUGAGGGAUUCUCCUGGAUCCAACUUUGUCACAGGAGACUCAAGCGGCCUUCGUGGCUGCAGACCCUUUUGCCAGCUGAAAGGGGUGAUCAGAAGUAUUUUGCUUUUGGGGGUCAUUUCCGUGGGGGUGGUGUGGAAACUCCCCCAAGGUCAGAUAAGGAUCAGAGUUGAAAUCCUAGAACCUUAGUGGUGGGUGGCUUUACCUUGAAAAACAAACAGGCUGAGGAUUUUUUUUUCUUUCCCCUUUUUCUAAUAGCAUGUCCCACAGGAGCACCCAGAAAAAGAAUGCAACUAGUAGCACUGUUUCCUGGGGUGUUCUGGGAUAGUGGGAAGGGAAGAAUGCCUGCCCCUCUGAGCCAAUGACCUUUGGAGACCUCUUGGAAGCUUCAGUCGGUACAGACGUCAGCAGGCAGGAUUUUGACUGGCCCAGAGGGCAGUAACAUGCUGUCCCUUCAAGAGGCAAAGUCAUGAGGCUGCAUUCUGAGGAGGAGGCUGUGUGAGUGGACUGAAAGGAGCUGCUUUGGAUCACGUUCCUGUAGGAAGAGUUGGCCCUACAGACUCCACAAGGCCAGGAAAAUCCUCUCUGAUAUAUACUAGCUGCCAGGAUGACACACGAAGAAGCUGAUCUUUCUGUUUUCCCCAUAAUCUAUAAGUUCCCAGCAUCACAGUGCCUUGUCACAAUUACACACAGUUUUUGGAAGGCCUCUGGGCACCUGGAGGAGGUUCUGCCUUCUCCCAGACCACAAACUGUUGAGGGUUGUAAAGGUCUAUUCUGGCUUCUCAUUGGCAGAGGUGAAGUGGGUGAAAAAGGAAGGAGGGGGGCAUUCCAGCUGUGGCACCUCCACCUGUGGAAUGUCGUCCACAGGGAAGCUGGACCGAGGGUGCCAACAUUGUUUUCUUUUAGAUGUGAAAGCCUUAUAAUUUCCCCUGGGGCUUUUUGAAGCAGAGAGUGCCUGGUGAGCUAAAAUGAAGCCUUCCUGGAUCUUACCAGAAAGUCCCUCUGAUUGUACAGGAGACCCUUCAGACCUGAAUCGAAGGCUGCCCCCUACCUAGCAGCUGAAAGGCAAAGGACAGGGAGCCACUGUCCUUAGUGAAUGCACUGCUGCCUUCUCUCUCAGCCUCCGCCUCCUUUUGUUCCCUCUUUAGAGACCGGGGCUCCCACUUACUUUUUUGAGUACCAGCACCGUCCCAGUUUGUACCACGAUACCAAACCAGACUACGUGAAAGCGGAUCACGCAGACGAAGUUGGGUUCGUCUUUGGAGGGCCGUUUCUCACUGGUGCCAUUCGCCUGCAUGGUAAAGAGCGGCUAUCCUGUGACUCAGGACUCGCUUUUGGGGGAGGUUGCUGCAGGGCAGGGCAGCUUCCAGGCACAGGAGGCAGGCAUUGUGCCCCCCCCCCCCACAAGCCAGUUGGGUUUGCCAUAAUCUGCAGUGCUGAAACCCUUCUGGCAUGACAGGGAUUUGGUGCUUACAGAUUACGCUAAGAAUUGGUGGCAGAGGUGGACAGACUGAUCACCUGCCCUGUUCGCUUUUCUAAUUAACAGUUUGCAUGUUGUUUUCUAGGAAUAUAAUACAUUCAAAGUGAAUUGAAACCAAAGGGUGAUGUAGCAAGGCUCCCUCUGGGCGCAAAACAUGGGAAGGGCCUGAGCGGUUCUUAUAGGGGUGGCCCACUUUCUGGGGCUCUGCUGGGCAUCUAACCAACAAUGGGGAUGGGGGAAAGCAGAAGCAGGAAGAAGCCACUCCCACCUGUGGGCAGUAGAGGGCGCACAAGGACCAGAAAACCCCCCAAACCAGUUCACCUUUAACUGGGGGUGGGGGGAGGAUGGGGAGGGCACCUCCUUCUUCACAGCUAGGCAAGAGAAGCUAGUAGGAUACUGGCACUCAUCCAAACUAGCAGCUCCCCCCCCCCCCCGAAACCCAAUCUUUACUGCCGAAUUGGAGAAAACAUCUCCGGAUUGAUGCCUGCUCCAAUUUAUUGCUAAAGAGCAGGUUUUCCUGGACAAGCGGGAACCUGCUCAGACCCACACAUUCGAGGCACAGGACAAGUGCAACUCUGGAUGAGCCCUGGGCUGUGCUUCAAGGGAGGCUCCCACCUCCAGGCCUUCGCCAUGUCUGCCUCUCUGGGAGGCAGCUUGCCCCCUCACUUUCCCCUCUCUGCCAAGAGUUUUGAGUGGCCUUUUCUCCUCCUGCAGUCCCCUUUGGGCACUUGGCCUGGGGCAUGGCUCCGCCACAACCCCAGGACACCUGGCCCGUCACAACACUUCUGCAGCCUCUGCCUUGACAUGGACAAAUCUAAAUAUUCAUGUGAGGUUUCCCUGCCCAUUUCAGAACAGAGCAUCACCAGCCACGUGACUCAGGGCUGUCAGGCAAGACUACACAUUGAAACAGACCUUCUUUGGAGAUCACUCGUAGCUGAGUAAGAUUGUCUUUCACGAACAUAGGCUUAAGUGAGUCCGUUAAGUGGCUGUGAAGGCCAAGGUUUCCAGGCAGGUGUUGAUCAUGGACAGGGUUUGCAAACAUGCCUUCCUUUAGCUUGUUUCUCCUUUUAGCCCUGAGUUCAUGCUUCUUCAAAGUCCAUGACACCUUUGGUAAAGGUUGUUCUCCAAUUGGAGUGCUUGCAGAUCACUACAAAUGACAGGCACCUUUUCACGCACCAGCUUUUCUGCAGAUAUUCUGAUGGAUGCUGCAGCAUGUGUGCCCCCCCCGAACUCCCCCUGCCCCCCCCAUUCUGCUUCAGAGAAUGAAUUACUGAACUGGGUUGGGUAACCAUUGGGAGUGGAUUUGUAUUUGCAGCGAUCCCAGCUGUGUAAUGAACUUCCCUCCCUCUAUUCUUCAGGUGAUGCCACGGAAGAGGAGAAAGUUCUUAGCAGAACCAUGAUGAAAUAUUGGGCUAACUUUGCUCGCAGCGGGUGAGUCAUGGGCCACCGUGAUAAUUAUGGGGGUGUGGUGUGGCUGGCUGGAAGGCAUGUAGGAUGCCUUGGCAGACAUGACAGAACAGACAUUGUCUGUUGUUGGUUUUGCUCCUAGAAACCCAAAUGGAGAAGGUUUGGUAGAGUGGCCGGCCUAUAACACCCAGGAGCAGUAUCUAGAGAUAAAUCUGAAGCAGAAAGUCUCAAUGAAGCUGAAAGAGAAAAAAGUGGAAUUUUGGCUAAAGACUGUCCCUGAGAAGGUGGAUGAGGUGAGAAGAAAACACACAGAAUUGUAAUUCACAAGCAGCUAUGGACAAUAAAUAGAGCACCAAAAUGACAAAUGAUAGUUACUUGUUAAAAUAUAUUUUUCCACAAAACAAAUACAGCAUAUUUCUUUAUUCUGAGCUGCAAAAUGAUGGAGAGUAGGUAAUAUAGAAAAAUUAGUUAAAUAAACAUCUCUAUUUUGUAAAUUAUGUUUAUUCCUUUCCUGCAGGAGGUAUGCACAUUGUUACUAAGCCUAGAUAAAAGUUACCUUUUGUUUAAUGCAAUGUUUAGUUUCAGAUCUUUGCAUUGUCAAAAGUAUACAGUAACAUAGUUCUGAUUUACAAAACUUGAAAAAUAAUUAUAAAAAUGAAUAUAGUGUUACAUUUAGACUUUCAGAAUAAAGGGAUGCCAUUUUUUGGUC